GCCUUCAUUCUGCAUUCUGCAGGAAUGACUGUCAAAAGCGCUUCUGCAUCAUCGGGAUCAUCAACUUGUCAACUGCCGAAACUCAACGACCCGGAAAGAGACCCACGGCAAAGAGCUUCCUUCGCUCCAAUCGCUCCAUGACGUUGAACGGGAUUCGCACUCCCCGCUGGUGGGGUGUGGGGAGAAGAGGUUAUUAACUUAUUAUUCAUGGCUGAUCAAGCCUUAUUCCCGAACAACUAUGGACCAGAGAACCUAUACUUAUAGCCAUGCUGCCCUGGUCCAUUGUUUGUUUUAUCGUUUAACUUUAACUCUUUACCGUUUCCUGAGACCGCACCAGUUAAUUGUCGUUCUACCACUCUGAUCGCGCACAACGCUGGCCAUACACAUCGUCAAGAUGGAUGCCUUCGAGUAUAAUGCAAAUCCGGGCCGUGUCAUCUUCGGCAGCGGUACCAUUCAAAAGCUCCCCGGUGAAAUUGCGCGACUCAACCUAAAGGCUCCGCUGGUCCUGUCGACGCCGCAGCAGGUCGGGCACGCGGAGGCCGUCAAGUCGGUUCUCAAAGGCCAAGUAGCUGGCAUCUUCUCUGAAGCUACGAUGCACACCCCUACCCAUAUCACAGAUAAGGCAGUCGAGUAUGCGAGGGCCCAAGGAGCGGAUUUAGUCGUCUCCAUCGGCGGUGGAAGUACCAUUGGUCUGGGCAAGGCCAUCAGCAUCCGGACUGGCCUUCCUCAUAUCUGCAUCCCGACUACAUAUGCUGGUAGUGAGAUGACUCCUAUCUUGGGCGAGACGGCCGAAGGAUUGAAGAAGACUCGCUCGGACCCCAAGAUUCUCCCUGGGACGGUCAUCUACGAUGUUGAUCUUACCAUGACUCUACCUGCGGCGAUGAGUGCCACGAGCGGUGUCAAUGCUAUUGCCCAUGCUGUCGAGGCGCUGUAUGCCCGCAACACAAACCCCGUCAUCAAUCUGAUGGCUGUCGAAGGUACCCGGGCACUGGCAUCUGCCCUUCCAGAGAUCGUCGAGAACCCCUCCUCGAAAACUGCUCGCUCGCUGGCUCUGUACGGUGCCUGGCUCUGCGGUACUUGCCUGGGUAGCGUGGGCAUGUCCAUCCACCACAAACUCUGCCAUACCCUCGGCGGUAGCUUCAACCUGCCUCACGCAGAGACGCACACGGCUGUCCUGCCACACGCCAUCUCCUACAACGCUCCCAAGAUUCCUGAGGCCAUGAAAAAGCUCGCAGAGGCGCUUCCGGACAGCAACGGCGAUGCUAUUCACGGCCUCAAUGUCUUGCUGGACAAGCUCAACGUCAAGCGGGGCCUCAAGGAGUUUGGCAUGAAGGAGGAGGAUAUUGACAAGGCUGCAGACAUCGCUGUAAGCAAUCCUUAUUGGAAUCCUCGAGACAUUGAGCGUACUCCUAUCCGGGAGUUGAUCCGGAGGGUAUGGGCUGGCGAGCCGGCGAGAGCAGAUCUUUAGC